AUGCGGUCCCUCCCACUCUUCCAGAUUAGCAUCACUGCUGCUGUGGCUGCAGCAGCGUGUGCAAAGGCCCAACCGCCCACAGUUGGAGCGUUUGUCGACGCCGAUGGCAUCACCCGUAUUUAUGGCAAUUCGUUCGGCCGGCCGGGGUAUCAUGCCACCUACGAUUACAUUAUCGUUGGAGGUGGCAAUGCCGGAAAUACCAUCGCUGCUCGUCUUGCUGAGGACCCUGCCAAUUAUACCGUUGCCGUGAUUGAGGCCGGAAGCUUCUAUGAAAUCCUUGACGGCAAUCGCACCCAGGUGCCCGGCUACAACUAUAUCAACACCAUCACAUUCCCCCUUGGUGAUGAGACGCCCUUGACCUCGUGGGGCCUGACGACGGAACCCCAGGCAGCCAUCGGUGGUCGUACCGCCGAGUAUGGUCAGGGCCAGACAUUUGGAGGAAGCACCGCUUCAAAUUAUAUGGGUUACCACCGUGCGACUGUCGGUACCUUCGAUCAGUGGGCAGAACUACUCGACGACGACUUUUGGACGUGGGACAAUGUUUAUCCCGCGUAUAAACAGAGCGUCGCCUUCCAGCCGCCGGAUUACACCAAGAUCGACCCGUCCUUCAACAUCUCCUACGACGCGACGGCCUUUAUCCCCACCGGCGGACCACUCCACGUCUCUUACGGCAACCACCAAGGCGCCUAUGGGCCGUCGUUGUCCGAUGCGCUGGCGGCGUCUGGCUUGGAUCCCAUUGACGGGUUUAACAGCGGGAGGUUGAUCGGCUACGGAACGGCGACGGCAACCAUCGAUACACGGACUGCUACGCGCGAUUCCUCCGAGACUUCCUUCCUUCAGGCUGCCGCCAGAGCCGGAAUCAAGAUCUACCCGCAGGCCGUCGUCACGCGGAUUCUGUUUGAUGAGGACAAGAAGGCUACCGGUGUUGAGGUGCAGACCAACGUGGCCACGGGGCAGCUGAAGUACAGUCUCUCGGCUACGAAGGAGGUCAUCCUUUCUGCCGGUGUGUGGCACUCACCGCAGCUUUUGAUGGUGUCCGGCGUGGGUCCGGCAGAAACUCUCCAAGAGCACGGCAUCGAGGUUAUCUCCGACCUCCCCGGUGUAGGUCAGAACGAAUGGGACCAACCCGUUAUUGGCCUAUUCCUCAACCUCAGCGUCGAAACCAACACGCAAUUUCAAGUCGGCAACCCCGAGGUAGUCGCAGCCGCCAUGACCAAUUACCUGGAGAACCAGUCCGGCCCACUAUCCGGCUUUGGCACCGGCCAAGGCAUUGCCUUUGAGAACUUCCCCGAGUCAGUCAGGUCAGACUUCAGCAACUCGACCCUUGCCUACCUCGAGACCUUCCCAGAAGACUGGCCCGAGGUCGAGUAUCUUCCCCUGGCCAACGUCCCCGUCGGUGAAAUCCCCAUUACGCCUUAUGACAACUUCAUCCUCCUGGCCGCCGUAUUGCUGUCCACCGAAUCCAAGGGAAACAUGUCCAUUACCAGCAGCAGUGUCUUCGACAGGCCCAUCAUCAAUCCUAACUGGCUCGCUACGGAUGCCGACAUGGAGCAGGCCUACGCCGCGUUCUUGCGGCUCCGUGAGAUUUCUUCCAACUGGGACACGGCCACGGGUGAGCUGCUGCCGGGCCUCGGUGUUAGCAGUAAAGAGGACAUUCUUGACUUUAUCCGGGGUCAUUCCGGAUUUAUUUUCCAUGGGACUUCGACGUGCAAGAUGGGACCUCAGGAUGAUCCGUCGGCUGUAAUCGAUUCUCGGGCUCGCGUCUAUGGCGUUACCGGCCUUCGGGUAGUCGAUGCCAGCGCCUUCCCUAAUUGUCCCCCGGGCCAUCCCAUGGCGUCUGUCUAUAUGUAUGCGGAGAAAAUUGCCGAGUCGAUUCUAGAUGGGAACUAG